CUCCUCCUCCUCGUAAGACUUUACGCCGAGCUUGUCUUACGCCAAACCAGCCAAAACUAUUUCGGCUUAACUUAUUCAAGAAAGGAUAUAUAUGUCCAGGUACCAGGAGUUUUCCUUUUGAAUUACCCCUCCAUCACCUUAACAUUGUAGCCUCGAUAAGCAGAAGGAACACUUGGCAAGGAUAUCUGCCCAUUAGGAUUGGGCACGUAGAGGAACGAUGGCUGGCCGUGGUUCAUCAUCAGCUCCAUAUACGAACGGAGGGUAUCCAUACGUAAACAACGAUCAUCACAAUACACUAGGAGAUGAUCCUUAUGACCAACGAGGAAAAGGAUCAUUUGAAGGUCCAAGGACAGCGGGAUUCCUUGGGCAUGCAAAAGAGGGUCCUGCACUAGAUGGAAUAAGUUAUGCAUAUGCUUCAAAGCAAAACAGAGCCAUUCGAUCUGCUAGUGACGCCGUUACUUCAUUCUUGGGAUUAGUCAAUCCUGCAUCUUCAUCUUCCCAUACAGAACGAUAUGCUUUCAGUACAACCUUACGCAGAGCAACACCACAUGAUGCCGAUUUCAACACCUUACCUUCGAGUAGCUAUCCGCCACAACAAAUCACGCUCAACGUUCAAGACCCACCGGAAGGAGAAACGCCAUCAUUCAUAGCCACACAGCAAACGUACGAGAACUUAUUGCAAGCAUAUUCCUUACCACCAACACAUUUGGAACAUGGCUUGCGAUCGUCAGAUGUGCCUCAUCGCAGACACCUGGCUGGUGGGCCAAACGAAUUUGCUGUGAAACCACAGGAUCCGCCUUAUAUGAAAUUCUUGGAACAAUUCAAAGAGCCUUUGAUUAUGCUUUUGCUCGGCAGUGCAGUAGUCAGUGGCAUAAUGGGUGAAUGGGACGAUGCAAUCAGUAUCGCUCUAGCGGUCAUUGUUGUUAUUACUGUAGGAUUCAUUCAAGAACAAAGAUCGGAAAAGAGCUUGGAAGCACUAAAUAAGCUUGUGCCGCAUUAUUGUCAUCUUUUGCGAGAUGGUCAAACAAACACAAUUCUCGCCAAUGAACUCGUACCUGGAGAUGUGGUUACAUUUGCAACGGGAGAUCGUGUGCCAGCUGAUGUUCGUAUUUGCGAAGCUGUCAGUCUGGAGAUCGAUGAGAGUACACUAACCGGUGAGAUAAAGCCAAGAAAGAAAACAGCAGAUGUGAUCAAUGCCACCGCUCUCUCUCCCAAUCUGCAUGCAAAACCCCACGCAGCUGCAACACAGGAUGGUUCGAUAUCAACAAGUAUCAAUGAACGUGAAAAUAUUGCAUUCAUGGGAACUUUAGUACGAAGUGGUUAUGGCAGGGGAAUCGUCGUGGGUACAGGCUCAAAAACAGAAUUCGGCAAAGUGUUUAGUAUGGUGGAUGAAGUGCAGGAAAGGCGAACACCUUUGCAAUUAAGCAUGGACGAACUGGCAAAGAAGUUGAGCAUGAUUAGUUUCGUGAUCAUUGGCUUUAUUUGCCUCAUUGGUAUUUUACAGCACAAGGAAUGGCUUGAAAUGUUUACAAUAGGAGUUUCACUUGCAGUUGCUGCCAUUCCUGAAGGAUUGCCGAUCGUUGUGACAGUCACGUUGGCAUUGGGCGUUUUACGUAUGUCUCAUCGCAAAGCAAUCGUGAAAAGACUUCCAUCGGUGGAAACCUUGGGUUGCGUUUCAGUAGUAUGCUCUGACAAGACUGGUACGCUUACAGCAAAUCAAAUGACAAUUGUUCGAAGUUUCACCGUAGAUGAAGGCAGUGUGGAUCUAACAUCUCGAGUACCACAUUCUCCCAGUCAAGCAUUAUCACGAAUGCUUUUGGUCGGUAAUCUGUGUAACAACAGCUAUCGCGAUGAUCAUGGAAAUCAUGUUGGCCAAGCAACAGAUGUCGCCAUGGUGAACAUUUUGCGUACAUUCGGCUUGGAAGAUAGGAGACCGUUCUUUCGAAGAACUCAUGAAGAACCUUUUGAUUCUGAAAAGAAGUACAUGAGUGUUACCGGUAGUAUUAGCAGCGGUUCCAACACAUCCAGUUCGACCAGUGCCAAUGCAAAGAUUGAGGAGAUGACUUAUGUCAAGGGUGCAUUUGAAAUCAUCCUCGAAAAGUGUAGUUUCUAUAUCGCAAACGAUGGCAGACGUGUGACUUUGGAUGAUGCCGCAAGACAGAAAGUGGUUAAUGGCGCCCAUCAGAUGUCCAGUCAAGGUCUCCGUGUAUUAGCAACAGCGCAAGGUGGAAAUAUGGCAUUGGAUACACGCACGCUUACCUUAUGUGGAUUGCAAGGACUUCAAGAUCCUCCUAGACCUGGUGUGAAAGAAGCUAUUGCAGCAUUGCAACGUGGUAGUGUACAAGUAGUGAUGAUCACAGGUGACGCAGAAGCAACUGCAGUCGCGAUUGCACGUCAAUUGGGCAUCUUGUCCAUCUCCUCCUCUUCAUCAAAUGCGCCUGGUGGCACAAGCGUGAUGACAGGCAAACAGUUGGACACUCUCAGCCAAAGACAGUUACAAGACCGAAUCAAUUCUAUCAACGUCUUUGCACGUACGAAUCCAAGACACAAGAUGCGAAUCGUUGAAGCCCUACAAAGUCACGGACAUAUAGUUGCAAUGACGGGUGAUGGAGUGAAUGAUGCGCCAGCAUUGAAGAUGGCUGAUAUCGGUAUUUCGAUGGGAAAAGGCGGUACAGACGUAGCCAAAGAAGCGGCAGAUAUGAUUUUGGUUGAUGACAAUUUUGCAACAAUCCUUCCUGCAGUUGAAGAAGGAAAAGGGAUCUUUUACAACAUUCAAAACUUUUUGUCUUUCCAAUUAAGUACGGCCGUUGCUGCUUUGACGUUGAUCACUUUGUGCACAGCUUUAGGACUCAAGCUACCAUUGAAUCCGAUGCAAAUCUUAUUCAUCAAUAUCUUGAUGGACGGUCCUCCAAGUCAAAGUUUGGGCGUUGAUCCUGUGGAUUCUGCAAUCAUGAAAAAGCCGCCACGCAAACGAUCGGAUCCGAUCAUCACCAAGAGGUUGAUCAUGAGAAUUUUGUUUUCUGCAUCUUUGAUCGUUCUUGGCACCAUUUGGAUCUAUGUUGGAGAGCUCACGGGCGAUGGAUUCGCUGAUGCACGCGAUCAAACAAUGACUUUCACUUGUUUCGUCUUACUCGAUUUGACAUCUGCGAUCCAAUCAAGAGGAUUGAGAGUACCUUUAUUACCACAUCAAGGAGGCAAUCGAAUGUUGGUUGCAACGAUCAGCAUAUCCUUGUUCGUUCAAUUAUUAUUGAUAUACUUUCCUCCGUUACAAGGUAUUUUCCAAACAACCGCUUUAAGUUUUUCGGAUUUAUCUUUACUCUUUUUCGUAGCUUCGGUUGCUUAUGCUGCUCAUGAAUUGCGUAGAAGGUGGGAGAGAAGACAAAGUUCCACAGAGGCUUUACAUUGGGAAUCAGGCGUGGUAUAGAAAAUUCACCAGAUAUACAUUGUACUUUUUCUAAUUUCAAUGCAAUCGCGAUCAGUCAUGC